GUUCGACAAGUCUGCAUCAGGUUUGUUUUUGUUCAUUUAUUUUAAAGAACAAACGCUGGCUGAGAGGAGUGGUUAGAGGAGUAGCAUCUAGCAUGCGGCGGCAGCGCAGUCAACUCCACGUUUCCGCUGACGUUCGCACGAUGUAGACAAGUGCGACAACACUCAACUGAUGGAAUCAUGAAAAGGUCAGGAAGCUUCUCCUGGCUUGUUCCCGUCGCCAGACGCUAAUGUGCCGCGAGCACCAAGCCUUCCAUGGGGCACGCGGGUACCUAUUGGAGCAGUUCAUGAAAGACAGCUCUAACGAUCGCACCGACGGGUACGGUGGCAGCCUCGAGAACCGGUUCCGCUUUGCGGUGGAGGUAAUUGAUGCCAUCGUUCAUGAGAUUGGUGCGGAUUGUGUCGGAAUCAGAUUGUCUCCAUUCAUGGACUACAUGGACUGUUUCGACUCUGAUCCACAUGCCCUCGGCAUGUAGAUGGUAUAACAACUCAACACGCAUCAAGGGUUUGCCUAUUGCCAUAUGGUAGAGCCACGGAUGGCCAUUAUUGAUGGCCGCAGGCAGAUACCCCAUGGGCUCUUCCCCUUCAAGAAAGCAUUCAACGGCACUUUCAUUGUCGCUGGAGGGUAUGAUCGAGAGGAAGGCAACAAAGUGGUGGCCGACGGCUAUGUUGAUCUUGUUGCUUACGGGAGGAUCUUUCUGGCUAAUCCAGAUUUGCCAAAGAGAUUUGAGCUCGACUCACCAUUGAACAAGUACGACCGCAACACUUUCUACACGCAAGAUUCUGUCAUUGGCUACACAGAUUAUCCUUUCCUUGAAGGCUCGAAUGCCGAGUAGUUAACCCACUCGACUUGAAUUAGUGAUAUGCUUGAUUUUAUGAA